GGAGGGUCACACCAUCCCUCACCAUCAUCAGGGUGAAGAACUUAAAGACAUGAAAGUUGAGAUUAAAGAUGAAGAAGAAGAAGAGAUGUUGGUGAGUGGAGAUCAGCAGUCUAUGGAGGAGGGGGAGAUGAUUAUGAAAAGUAAACAGGAGGAAUCUUCUCUACAUAUGGACACAAAUGGAAGCCACAUCUGGAAUACCAUGGACAGACCUCUAUUAAUCACAGACUUAUCUGGAGAACCUUGCCAUUUGGAGACAUCAAUGGAUCCCUCUAAAUUUGAGGAAUCUUUGGGCCAAUCACAUUUUGUUACUCCAGAUGUCCAUCUGAGAUCUCAAAGUGCAGAAAGAACAUUGGAUCCAUCUAAUUCCAAUGAAUCUUUAAAUUCUGAAGAUCCCACAAGAGAGGUUCCAAUGUCGAGUUUGGUGUGUGGGAACACAGCAGUUGUUACGCAUGAGAAAAGUAACUCAAUUGAGCGUCCGUUUUUAUGUUCAGAGUGCGGGAAGGGUUUUGUUCAGCACGCAGUCCUUGUAAGACACAAGCGAAUUCACACGGGUGAGCGUCCUUAUUCAUGCUUGGAGUGCGGGAAAUGUUUCAUUGAGAAAAGAGACCUCACUGUACACCAGAGAAGUCACACGGGUGAGCGUCCGUUUACUUGUUCCGAGUGUGGGAAAUGUUUUACUGAGAAAGGACACCUUAUUAGACACCAGAGAAUUCACACGGGUGAGCGCCCUUAUCCGUGCCCGCAGUGCGGGAAAUGUUUCGCUGAGAAAAGAGACCUUAUUAUACACCAGCGAAGUCACACGGGCGAGCGUCCUUUUUCCUGUGUAGAGUGCGGGAAGUGUUUUCCUGAAAAAGUAAGCCUUAUUAGACACCAGAGAACUCACACGGGUGAGCACCCUUUUUCAUGUUCAGAGUGCGGGAAAUGUUUUUCUGUGAAAGGACAACUUAUUGUGCACCAGAGAAUUCACACUGGCGAGCGCCCUUUUGUCUGUUCGGAGUGCGGAAAAAGUUUUACUCAGAAAAGUGUGCUCCUUACACACCAGAGUAUUCACACGGGUGAAAAUUCUUUUUCAUGUUCAGAGUGCGGGAAAUGUUUCUCUAGGAAAGGAAAUCUGUCUGCGCACCAGAAAAUUCACAGUCAGGAUUGCCCUUUUUCAUGUUUAGCGUGCGGGAAAUGUUUCAGUCAGAAAAGACACCUUAUUAGGCACCAGAAAAGUCACACAGGCGAGCGUCCUUUUCCUUGUUUAGAGUGCGGAAAAGGUUUUACAGAGAAAAGAGACCUUAUUAGACACCAGAUCAUUCACACGGGGGAGCGUCCUUUUUCUUGUUCAGAGUGCGGGAAAUGUUUUACUCAGAAAAGUAUACUUCUUAGACACCAGCGUACUCAUAUGGGUGAAAAAUCUUUUCCAUGUUCAGAGUGUGGGAAAUGUUUCUCUAGGAAAGGAAGUCUGGUUGGACACCAGAAAGUUCACACUCGGGAUCGCCCUUUUUCAUAUUAUGAGAUCGAGUAUCUGGUACCACACAUAGCAAAAUGCGUCAGUGGAAAAUAUAGAGUUUGUUCGGAUCAUUUCACAGCUGAUGACUAUGAAGUGCGAGGAACAGGAAAAGGACUCUGUUUAAGAUGCGAUGCUAUACCUACACUUCAGAUGCCGCCAGCCUUAGAACCAUCAAUUGAGGAACUUAGCGACCAUUCUUAUUACAAGCGACAGAAUUUAAUAAAGGAAACAUCAGAGGGGGAAAUAAAGAGCGAGGAGUCAUCAGUGUCUCCUCAAAUUUCUGAAUCCUCAAGUCAUUUUUACGGUCCGAUGUCUCCUGAUUCACCAGAGCCAGAACCAUUCUCAUCUUCAGAGAUGAUUUUUGAUGAAAUAUCGCCUAACGAUCUGGAAUCGCGACAGAUGCUGGCAGAGGAGAUUGAACUUUGUACUUCAGAUGUUUUGAUGGAAAGUUUACUUAAUAUGCCUGCAAAAAAGAAGAAAAAAUUAUCUUCUACAAAACGCACAAUGUCAAGAGGUACAAACACAAUACAUUUUCCGGGACAGAAAGUUAAACCGGUACAGAUUUAUAGACCGUAUGCCUACAAAGAUAAAAAUGUACAAGUGUCCAUUACAAAAAAUAACAGUUCCAUCGCCGUUCAGUGUGACUUGGUUAGACUUCCUCCAUUAAUGUUAUGGACUAAAUCCACACCUAGGAAACCUGAGCAAUUGCCUAUCAAUGCCGAGCCAUUAUUACAGUUUUCCUUUUGUGAAGUUGAUAUUCCUAGUACAUCCCAAGGGAACAUGUUACCUGAACUGGUUGUCGCUGAGGAAGGAAAAACUCGAACAACAACUUAUUAUUCUGGAGGUUCAGGUUCAAUACCUUCAAGGUCUUCUGAAGUUGAAGCCAAUGGAACACCGGAAAAGAUAUCACAAAAUGAAAGUUACCUUCGAAGCAUUAAAGAGGAGGAAGGACAUUUGAAAGAAACACAGAAUUAUAGAGUACCAAAGAAAAUAUUUGGUGAACCAUUAACAUCCAGCAGCCGUCUUCACAGGACAUCACCCAUCACUGUGCCUCCACCUCACUGCCUGACAACAGAGGUAACCAGUGCCAAGAAGAUUCUAGAAGUCACCAACAAGAUCACUGAUCUGCUGACAGGAGAGGAUUAUAAAGUAGUGAAGAAAACAUCUGGUGAACCAUUAACACCCAGCAGCCGUCUUAACAGAACAUCACCCCUCACAGUGCCUCCACCUCACUGCCUGACAACAGAGAAAUGUAAGAUUAAAGAGGAAGAAGAAGAGAGGUUGGUGAGUGAAGAUCAGCAGUCUAUGGAGGAGGGGGAGAUGAUUAUGAAAAUUAAACAGGAGGAAUCUUCUCUACAUAUAGACAUGAAUGAAAGUUCUGUCUGGAAUACCACAGAGAGAAACCUUUUAUCAGACUUUUCUCAGGGAGUGAAUCCUAUUACUCGAAACUUGCAUCACACACCUUAUCAUUUAGAGAGAUCAAUGGAUCCCUCAAAUCCUGAAGAAUUUUCUGACCAAUCACAUAUGGUUACUCAAGAUAUCCAUCUGAGAUCUCACACUGCGGAAGGAACAGUAGAUCCAUCUAAUUCCAGCGGAUCUCUAAGUUAUGGAGAUCACACGGGAGAGAGUUCAUUGUCAAAUUUUCUGAAUGGGAACAUAGAGCUUGAAAUUCCAGAGAAAAGUAACACAGCUGAACGUCCCUAUAAAUGUUCAGAGUGUGGAAAGUGUUUCCUUCGGCAUGGACACCUUCUAAGACACAAGCAAAUUCACACCGGUGAGCGUCCUUUUUCUUGUUCAGAGUGUGGGAAAUGUUUCAUUCAGAAUGCAGACCUUCAAAAACAUCAGAGAAUUCACACGGGUGAGCGUCCUUUUUCCUGUUCAGAAUGUGGAAAAUGUUUUAGUUGUAAAGGAAAACUUACUCUACACCAGAAAAUUCACACAAAUACAUGCCCCUAUUCAUGCUUAGAGUGUGGGAAGUGUUUCACUGAGAAAGGAAACCUUAUUGCACACCAGAGAAGUCAUACGGGCGAGCGUCCGUUUUCCUGUUCAGGGUGCGGAAAAUGUUUUUCUGAUAAAGGCAACCUUAAUAGACACCAGAAAGUUCACGCUGAUGAGCACCCUUCUUCAUGCCAAGAGAGCAGGACAUUUUUCCCCGAAAAAGGAAAACGUAUUGUACACCAGAGAAGUCACAUAGGCGAUCGUCCAUUUUCCUGCUUAGAGUGCGGAAAGUCUUUUACUGAGAAAGGAAAAUUUAUUGUGCACCAGAGAAGUCACACGGGUGAGCGUCCGUUUUCCUGUUCAGUGUGCGGAAAAGGUUUUACCGAGAAAGGAAAAGUUAUUAGACACCAGAAAAUUCACACGGGUGAGCGUCCUUUUGCUUGUUUAGAGUGUGGGAAAUGUUUCACUGAUAAAGGAAAACUUAAUAUACACCAGAGAAUUCACACUGGUGAGCGUCCGUAUGCUUGUUUAGAGUGCGGGAGAUGUUUUACUCAGAAGAGUAUACUUCUUAGACACCAGACUAUUCACACCGGAGAAAAUCCAUUUUGCUGUUCAGAGUGUGGAAGAUGUUUCUCUAGGAAAGGAACAUUGGUUGGACACCAGAAAAUUCACACUCGGGAUCGCCCUUUUAUAUGUUGAGAGUGUGGGAAACCUUUAACAAAUAAAGAUAAUCUAAUAAGGCACCUGUUCAGUCAGUAGAAGAACUGUGUGAAUAAAGAUACAUUUAUAGAGAGGAACAUCCUCGCAAAAGUUAUUCUUCAGUUAUAGUAGAAGUGUGAUGGUCUGUCACUGUGUAAAGAUGCACAUGGUGUCUGUCUCAGCAGGGAAAGGGUCUGCAAUUGAUUGAUUAAAGUCAGGGCCGUGUUGCCAACAAAAGGGAGUUUUCUCUAGUCAGGUUUUCACUCCUGUGAGCUCCAAGUAGCUUGAAGCCUGACAUGUGGGGAGCACCUGUCCAGGCCUGUCUGGUCUACACAGACAGUCCACAAAGCCAGACUGAUAUCUGACAGUUGGAGAUUGUGAAGAGAUAUUGGUAGUCCCCAUCUGAACCAGAAUAGUGUCUGGUUGGGUGAGUGAUGGAACAGGUCCAGUUGGGAGACUGAUGGAACAGGUCCAGUUGGGAGACUGAUGGAACAGGUCUAGUUGGGAGACUGAUGGAACAGGUCCAGUUGGGAGACUGAUGGAACAGGUCCAGUUGGGAGACUGAUGGAACAGGUCCAGUUGGGAGACUGAUGGAACAGGUCUAGUUGGGGGAGUGGUGGAACAGGUCUAGUCGGGUGAGUGAUGGAACAGGUCCAGUUGGGAGACUGAUGAAACAGGUCCAGUUGGGAGACUGAUGGAACAGGUCUAGUUGGGAGAAUGAUGGAACAGGUCCAGUUGGGAGACUGAUGGAACAGGUUCAGUUGGGUGAUUGAUGGAACAGGUCCAGUUGGGUGAGUGAUGGAACAGGUCUAGUUGGGUGAGUAUUGGAACAGGUCUAGUUGGGAGACUGAUGGCACAGGUCUAGUUGGGUGAGUGAUGGAACAGGUCUAGUCGGGAGAGUGAUGAAACAGGUCUAGUUUGGUUAGUGAUGGAACAGGUCUAGUUGGGUGAGUGAUGGAACAGGUCUAGUCGGGUGAGUGAUGGAACAGGUCUAGUCGGGUGAGUGAUGGAACAGGUCCAGUUGGGAGACUGAUGGAACAGGUCAAGUCUGGCAAGUGAUGUAACAGGUCCAGUUGGGAGACUGAUGGAGCAGGACAAGUCUGGCAAGUUAUGUAACCGGUCCAGUUGGGAGACUGAUGGAACAUGUCUAGUCGGGUGAGUGAUAGAACAGGUCCAGUUGGGAGACUGAUGGAACAUGUCUAGUCGGGUGAGUGAUGGAACAGGUCCAGUUGGGAGACUGAUGGAACAGGUCAAGUCUGGCAAGUGAUGUAACAGGGAACAGGUCUAGUCGGGUGAGUGAUGGAACAGGUCCAGUUGGGAGACAGAACAUGUCAAGUCUGGCAAGUGAUGUAACAGGGAACAGGUCUAUUCAGGUGAGGUAUGGAACAGGUCUAGUCAGGUGAGUGAUGGAACAGGUCUAGUUGGGUGAGUGAUGGAACAGGUCUAGUUGGGUGAGGGAUGGAAAAGGUCCAGUUGGGAGACUGAUGGAACAUGUCUAGUCGGGUGAGUGAUGGAACAGGUCUAGUUGGCUGAAUGAUGGAACAGGUCUAGUUGGGAGACUGAUGGAACAGGUCCAGUCGAGCGCCUCAUGGAACAGGCCCAGUCGGGCGACUGGUGGAACAGGUCAAUUUGGGUGAUGAGAAAAUGAGGCAACUCAAUCUUAAGGAAGCAUAGACAGAGCUGUGCAACAACUAGCCAGAAGUCUGAAAUACAUUUGCAUUUUUUGUUAUGCUAAACAACCCCUGUGUGGGAAAAACACUGUAUUACAAUGUGUGGAUGAAUAAAAGUGGGUAUAAAGCCCUAAAACAGA